ACUCCAAUCCAAGCUUUCACUCCCUCACUUGAAUACAAAAAAUAUAUUACACUGAAAGGAAAAAAAAUGCCAAUUUCCAGUAUUGCCAUUGGAACUCCAGCGGAAGCAAGCUCGCCGGACGCCCUAAAAGCCGCCCUUGCAGAGUUCAUUUCGAUGCUCAUUUUUGUUUUUGCCGGCGAAGGCGCCGGGAUGGCUUUUGGAAAGUUAACUGAUGGUGGUGCCGCAACACCAGCCGGUCUUAUUUCCGCAUCAAUAGCGCAUGCUUUUGCGCUAUUUGUGGCGGUGUCGGUUGGUGCUAAUAUUUCAGGGGGUCAUGUGAACCCUGCUGUGACAUUCGGCUUGUUUGUUGGUGGUCACAUUUCGUUUUUGAGAAGUGUUGUAUAUUGGAUUGCACAGUGUCUCGGGUCCGUUGUUGCUUGCUUGCUUUUAAAAUUUGCAACCGGGGGUUUGGAAACAUCGGCUUUUGCACUUUCAUCGGGUGUGGGAGAGUGGAAUGCGGUGGUGUUUGAGAUAGUGAUGACUUUUGGACUGGUGUACACGGUGUACGCAACCGCGGUUGAUCCUAAAAAGGGCGAUUUGGGGAUUAUUGCACCACUAGCUAUUGGGUUCAUAGUUGGUGCAAACAUCUUAGCUGGCGGUGCGUUCGAUGGUGCAUCUAUGAACCCUGCUGUGUCAUUCGGUCCAGCUGUCGUCAGCUGGACCUGGAACAGCCACUGGGUUUACUGGCUAGGCCCAUUUGUGGGUGCGGGUAUAGCCGCACUUGUAUAUGAAAUUAUUUUUAUCGGGUCAAGUACUCAUGAGCCUCUCACAACCGUAGAUUACUAAGAAUCAAUUGGAUGGUGAAGUGAUGGGUUUUAGCUUUUGAAUUGUGUUGAUGUUUGUUGGGUGUAAUGGAAGUUGAUUGUUUUUAUUUUCAAGUCUUUUUGCUAUGUACUCAUGUGAAUAGUUUUUAUCUGUUCUGAAUCAAGUUGUGAAUUUUAUUCA